CACUACGAAUAAUAGAUUCCAGCUAUAGAGAUGGUAUUUAAAGUAAUUACAUUAACGGCUUUCUAUAACGGUCCUAAGAAAGGUUUAGAAAUAAUGCCAAUAAUUGGAGACACCUAUAAAACCAAGUUAACUCACGAACUAUUCAUUGCCUAACUAAGUUUUGAGCUGUAACUACCUCCCAUAAAGGAAAUUCAGACCAUAUGAGGUCCGGAAUACUCCAAGACCGAAUGCGGGCACAGGACCUUUAGUCGGUAGACGAUAUCCGCAGAGGUCUCCAACGCCGGCCCCUCUGCACUCCAUUCUAUGCAAGUGUUUAGAGGGGAAUAGGAUGAUCAACCGAUGUCACAUAGCGUCCAUUGAUCCUUUACCCCGACAGCCUUCCCGGUCUCGCUGCCUAGGUACCUAUCAAGUUUUCAAGUUUACCUGGCUCUUAUAACGCGGGGUGUAUCUCAAAAUAAUGUCGUUUCUAACGAGCUAGGUAUUUCUGCCUGUAUCAAUUUAACUCACCUACGCUUAAUAGUAAUCAUGUUUCUAGGUCCGCGAGCAACAAGCUUCUCAAAGCAGGCAUGUCUUCGUCUCGUUAGAUCAGGGAGCUUGGCAAACAGCUCGAAUGUAGGGAGAAGUAUCCUGCGAGCUGGAUAUUCCUCGCUUUCCCGCAACCAAGGCGAGAGGAGAACCGUCAUCGUGACGGGUUCGAGUCGAGGGAUCGGGAAAGCUAUCGCGCUACGCCUCGCCGCGGACGGGUACGAUGUCUGCGUCAACGACGUAGGCGCGAACCGAGCCGGCUGCGACGAGGUCGUGAAAGAAAUACAAAAUAUGGGCAGGAAGUCAGUCACUGCGAUCGCGGAUGUGUCGAAAAGGGAUCAAGUGAAAGAGUUGGUUCAGACUAGCGUUAAGGAACUGGGGCCCCUGGAUACCAUGAUCGCCAACGCGGGAAUCUGCCAAGUGAAAAGCGUGCUUGAGCUCACAACAGAAGAGUUCGAGCACAUGUUCGCGGUGAACGUGUUCGGGGUGCAGAACUGCUUCGCGGAAGCCGCCAACCAAAUGAUCGCGCAGGGGACGUGCAAGGCGGACCGCCCGGGCAAGCUGAUCGCGGCGGCGUCGGUGGCCGGGUUCAAGCCGUUCGACAUGAUGCCGCACUACACGUCGACCAAGUUCGCGGUGCGCGGCCUCACGCAGUGCUACGCCAUGUACAUGGCGCAACAUCAUAUUACUGCUAACUCGUAUGGGCCCGGCAUCAUCGAUACUGACAUGUGGGAGCUCAUCGACUCGCACAUGGCGAAGCGGAAGGGCCUGACGCAGGGCGAGGUCAUGCGCCGGAGGAUCCAGGACGAGGUUGCGUUGUCGAGGCCUGGGACGGGUGAGGAUGUGGCGAAGUUGGUUAGCUUUUUGGCUAGCAGUGAUAGUGAUUAUGUUACUGGACAGACGCAGAUUGUUGAUGGUGGUUCGUAUUAUACAUAGGCUGACCUGAGGGAUGUAAGGAUGGAUACCAGUGUGUUCUAUAGUAUCGGGUCGAAUAGUAAUAGUUUGCUACCUAAGAAAGAAACGUUUCUAAUAAUUACCUAGCUGACCCCUUAAUCGACGGUGAUUAUUGGUAUUCGUAUAUGAUAAGCACCUCCCGGGAGACUCGUAGAUGUCGGGCUGUAACCGACAUCGCUAUAGAUACCAAC